GUUUUGCUUAUUGGCGUUGCUGAGAUAUAAAACGCUCAACUAUUUCGAGCGUUUUACUUUUUAUAACAGCUACGUAGUCAGGUCGGGUUUGCUAAGCUUUAUAAACUGAGCCGAGAGAAUGAGGAAACUGGCUGUAUUCUGUUUGUUGUGUUUUGUGAGUGUAGUGGUGAUGAUGAUAAUCCUGUACGGGCAACAGAAAGGGUAUCUGCCAAAUGAUCAGGUGGUAAUGUCUACUGAAUCACGGACUACUGACCAGCCUCAGUUCUAUUUCGAACUGAAGAAUAUCACCAGCUUUAUACAGAAACGAGACAAGCUCAUGUUCCUCAAAACUCACAAAUGUGGGACCUCUUCUCUUGUGACGAUACUUUAUCAGUUUGGUAUCAGACGGAACCUUAAUUUCUUGCUGACCCCCUACGAGCACCAGUUCUUCAACGACAAGCCCCCUCAAAAGUUGGCACCAGGCCAGGAUUAUGACAUCUUGUGUCAGCACCACAGAGGAUCAGGAGCUUGGGACUACUACCGACCCUGGAUAAUUCACAAGCUCCUUCCCAAGGAACAAACAUUCUACUUUACAAUCCUCAGGAACCCUAAUCAACAGUUCCUCUCCAACUAUUUCUUCUAUAAUCAUCAAGAUAGACUGAAAAAGAAAUUCCAAAUAAAGAGUGAUUCUGUGGACGAAGUUUUACAGCAGUCCCUUGCUCUACUACCCAACGAUACCCUUACUUGUAAUUCCUUUAUAAACCCCAUGUCAUUUGAUCUCGGGUUUACUCACUUCCUGCAAAAGAAUAAGGGUCUAAAUCCAGACGUCCUAAUUGUAUCCUUUAUUAGAUAUCUAGAUAGGGAGUUUGAUCUUAUAAUGAUCACUAACGAGUUUGAUAAAUCUCUUCUCCUUCUGAAGCAUUACCUGGGUUGGAGGAUAGAUGAUGUGGUUUAUUUAAAGAAGAUGACUAGAAGUUUAGACGAUUCUGCUGAGCCUAUCAAACCUGUUGUAUCAGAGAAUACACUGAAGUUACUGACAUUCCACAACCGAGUUGAUAUGAAAGUGUUCGAGUAUUUUGAGCAAAAGUUCACAGCUCAGAUAGAAACCCUGGAGGAGAAACAGUUUGAGGCAGAUCUAGAGACACUGCAGGAGAAACAAACUGAUCUGGUGUCCCAAUGUCUGGAUAUGAGUCACGUGAUUAAGACGCACCUGGGCACUGUUUACCACCCUCUGUCAAAUACAGGAAGAAUGAGUAAUUCUUGCAGACUCUGGACUCUGAGUGAUGUAUUUAUUAGUAAGAGUUUGGCUGCCAAACAGGACCCCACCUUUUCUGAAGACAGUUUUAAAGCUAUGAUGUUAAAGAAUGUUAAAUAUGGCACUAUAGUCAGUCAUUUAAAACUGCUUGAAGGCAUUCGGUCAGAUUAUUUGAGAAGCUCGGGUACUUCAUGAUAAAGGUUGUGUAAUAGGGAACUUUUAUAAUUUGAUGGUUUUCAGCAAUUUUAAAUCACGACCGCAUCUUUCAUAUCAAUAGCAUUCAAUUUUAUGAAAU